CAGGAUGAUUCCCCGCACUUGCUCUUGCCGUGACAUCAUACACAUAGCAACUUUAUCAUGGGAGAGAAGAGAAAAGCUUCAGUGACUCCUGACGCGUGUGCCAAGACCUCUUCGUAUACCGGAAUAUCUUCGUCGACGCUUUCUGUUCCCACUAAUCCUUCAGUACCACUCAAGGUUCCAAUACCCCGACAGCAGAGCAAUGAUCCGCCAAACAGCGAUUCGACAUCUACCCGUCAAAGGGCCAGACGUGCAUGCAGCGAGUGCAAAAAUUCAAAAACAAAAUGUAGUGGGGAGCAGCCUUUUUGUGAACGAUGCAUGACUUUCGGUUUAACUUGUGUGUACGGACCAAACAAACAAGAAAAGAUGACAAUGGAACUCAACGACCUACAUCACCGUUUGCAAAUACAAGAAUCACUCUUGGCUGAGAUAUAUCCACAUUUGGACAAGAGAUUGCAGGACAAGCUAGACGGCAGCCAAUGGGGCCUUGGAGAAAAGCUCAAUUACACAGCACAAGGAGAUCCCUCUUCUUCUCCGGGAAUAGCAGACUACACGGACGAAGAUUAUAACCGUGAAGAGCUUUCCCAAGCUACGGGCCAUGUAGGCCAGUACUCCGACAGGUCGUGGAUUCUCUCUUUGAAAAAACACCUUGGUAAAUCUUCGACUUCUACAAGGUCGGAUACUAGUAGUGAUUCCAUUGCAUCAGUGAGCUAUCUCCUCGAUGACCUCCACAUUUCAAUAAAGGACGAUAUAAAUCCUCUUAAUCGUCCAGCUCGCCAUACUGCUGAUCGUCUUAUGAGCAUUUAUUUCCGGUUGGUACAUCCCUCGUUCCCGAUACUAAGCAAGACAGUGUUUUCCCAACAAUAUACGAGGUAUUACAAUGAAAAUGACACAAUUCCACAGAAAAAAUGGCGUGCAAUCUUGAACCUGGUAUUCGCCAUUGCGGCAAAGCAUUCUCGUAGGAAUUCCGAGAACUUUGUAACUGAUGAUACUCAUUUGGAGUUUUUCUCCCGAGCAUGGAUGUUGGGCAUGGGCGGGAAUACCUUGCUGUUGAACCCAGAUCUUCAGCAAGUGCAAAUUGAAGGAUUAAUAUCAUUUUAUCUACUGACCGUGGAGCAGGCAAACAGAUCUUGGAGAUUAUACGGUUUGGCGAUCAACUCUGCCUACGCAAUGGGGCUUCACAUGCGGUCGGAGAGCAAAGACAUUUCUCCCACAUCAAAAGAGAUCAGAUACCGCGUUUGGUGGUCUCUUUACACAUUCGAGACCACAUUAUGCAUCAUUACUGGUCGCCCAGUUAGUGCCACUAACAAGUUCUGCUCUACUCCGUUACCUAUACCGUUUCCCGAAGAAGACUUCCAAGGACCACAUGCAACCUCUCUACUCAAUAACAACGCAUUGCGUGUCUGCUGCCUUGCCAUACUUGGAUUUAGCCUUGGUGAUAGUGAUUGCCAAGAACCAAAUAGAGGUUCUGCCAAAAAUUCGACUUGCGAAUCAGCUGCAAGGAUAGCUGCGUCAACGAUGCCUAAUAUAUCAUUAUAUUUCACCCAAUUUAUUACCUUGACUGCGAACAUGCGAAAAACACUUCAUACUCUCUAUGCUCUGGGAAACGCUCAAAACUCUUGGACUCAAAAUGAAGCUCAAAUGCAUGUUCUUGACACGGAGGCUAAUGUCUGGUAUUCAAAGCUUCCAGUUGAGUUCAGAUUCAUGGAAGAUAAUUCAUCUCCUUUAUUUGAAAGGCAAAGGGUAAGUUUAGCAUUUCUAUUUUAUAGCGCCAAAAUAAUCUACAGCUGGCCUGCUCUUCACCGUUUUCAGGCGCUAAAUAACGAGAAUGCUUCAACUAGUCUUCACAUAUUUGCUACGCUUUGCGUUAAUUCGGCUUGCGAUAUGCUCGACGUGCUACCCGAGAAACCCGAUAUGCGUUGGAUUAAUGAGACAUCACCGUGGUGGUGUGUUCUACAUUAUUUGAUGCAGGCCACGGCAGUUCUUUUGCUCAAGAUGUCUGUCCAAUUGAAGGAUGGAAACGAAGACAUCAACAAAACCGCUAUUAUUCGUCUCAAAAAGUCUCUUGACUGGUUACAGAAUAUGUCUUCGCAUAGUGAAGCAGCAGAAAGAGCAUGGAACCUUUCAAACAAACUCCACGGCCAAUUGCUUUCACAGGACCCUAUCGAGAUUCCGGAUCCUCUUCUUUCCCAAUUUCUGUUAGGCGACGACUUUCCCAUUAUGACCUAGCUAUUUUUUUUUUUUUUUGCAAUCUUUUCGUAUCAAAAUUCAUAUUUUCCCAUCCUUUAUGUGAUUAUGCCGUAAGCCUC